AGAAAAGAGCACGAUGCACCCGAUGUUCGGACUGGAUGAAGUGGCAAAGGUAACCCCGCUGGUUCGGGCGUUCGGCUGUUCCUGUGCCUUGACCCCCGCUUUGGAAACGGAGGUAGGGCUGGCUCCGGACCUGUCUCAGAGACCCUCGCACUCCUCCCCCACCUUCCGUCUGCUGGGACCCGCUGCGAGCCGUUUUUGGCCACGCGCGCUUAUCGGAUAGACCUGCAGUCCCGCAGAGAGGAAGGGCGCCCGGGCUGUCCGCCGCGCGGGGAGGACGCGAACACCCAGCUUUAAUCCCUGGAAGUCCACGAACAAUGAAUCCAUUUCACGCAUCUUGUUGGAACACCUCUGCCGAACUUUUAAACAAAUCCUGGAAUAAAGAGUUUGCUUACCAAACUGCCAGUGUGGUAGAUACAGUCAUCCUCCCUUCCAUGAUUGGGAUUAUCUGUUCAACAGGGCUGGUUGGCAACAUCCUCAUUGUAUUCACUAUAAUAAGAUCCAGGAAAAAAACAGUCCCUGACAUCUAUAUCUGCAACCUGGCUGUGGCUGAUUUGGUCCACAUAGUUGGAAUGCCUUUUCUAAUUCACCAAUGGGCCCGAGGGGGAGAGUGGGUGUUUGGGGGACCUCUCUGCACCAUCAUCACAUCCCUGGAUACUUGUAACCAAUUUGCCUGUAGUGCCAUCAUGACUGUAAUGAGUGUGGACAGGUACUUUGCCCUCGUCCAACCAUUUCGACUGACAAGUUGGAGAACAAGGUACAAGACCAUCCGGAUCAAUUUGGGCCUUUGGGCAGCUUCCUUUAUCCUGGCAUUGCCUGUCUGGGUCUACUCGAAGGUCAUCAAAUUUAAAGACGGUGUCGAGAGCUGUGCUUUUGAUUUGACAUCCCCUGACGAUGUACUCUGGUAUACACUUUAUUUGACGAUAACAACUUUUUUUUUCCCUCUACCCUUGAUUUUGGUGUGCUAUAUUUUAAUUUUAUGCUAUACUUGGGAGAUGUAUCAACAGAAUAAGGAUGCCAGAUGUUGCAAUCCCAGUGUACCAAAACAGAGAGUGAUGAAGUUGACAAAGAUGGUGCUGGUGCUGGUGGCAGUCUUUAUCCUGAGUGCUGCCCCUUAUCAUGUGAUACAACUGGUGAACUUACAGAUGGAACAGCCCACACUGGCCUUCUAUGUGGGUUAUUACCUCUCCAUCUGUCUCAGCUAUGCCAGCAGCAGCAUUAACCCUUUUCUCUACAUCCUGCUGAGUGGAAAUUUCCAGAAACGUCUGCCUCAAAUCCAAAGAAGAGUGACUGAGAAGGAAAUCAACAAUAUAGGAAACACUCUGAAAUCACACUUUUAGGAAAGUACAUGGAUCACCACGAGUCUAGACAUGAUUGUCUAUCUUACUGGUAUUAUUAGAAAGGGCAGGUGUACCGAUAUGUUUAUGCCCAUUCUUCUUGUGUACUUGUGACUCUUAGCAGCAUGGAACAGAAGUGUAACUGUGCAAAUGCAAUGAGCUUAAUAUGCUAACU